AUGAACUGGGAGGACGUGACUGAGAUAGACUUUAAACUGGAGCACUGGGACCAGGACGAGCUAAGACAGCUGAAGGAGAAGGAGAAGGAGCUGCUCUCGCGGAUAGAAUACUUGAAGUCUGUCAAGGGCGACAACCAGAACUCGAACCAGGCAAGCAGCGUCAUCGAAUCUCAAGAUGCCAACGACCCGUCGAGCUCUUCCUGCACGUCAGGCGAGGGUGAGAAGGAGGAGCCCCUCUCCCUCACCGAGAGAGUCGCAAGACUGUACGCAUGGCAAGAUGCGACGCCUGGUAACCAGGACCUCUCCACCUCUCACCUCGCAACCUGCUUUGCCUUCGUGAGCGAAGAGAACGACAAACUGCGUCAGACAGUGCAGGACCUCGAGUUCUUUCACAAGACCGUUGACGAUGCGGAGGAGCAGCGGCGGCUGAGCCAGGAGACCAUCAGCACUCUAGAGCUCCGACUCGAAGCCCAGCUGAAACGGAUUGUCAGCCUGAAGGAGCAGCUGAGCGAGGCCAGGAGGAGGGAGAAGCAGCUCAAGAUGCUGCUCGGACGCAAGUUUGACAACUCGGCGGAGGUGAUGGCGGCUAUAGACAUGCAGGGCACUUGGCGACAAGUGAAGCAGCUGGUGGAGGGGCUGGUGAGGGAAGUGAAGGUGUGCAGGCAUGAGCAAGACGAGAGUCUAGAGCUCUACGAGCGCAUGCUCAACGACAUCCUCUGCGAGAAGAACCAGGCGGACAUGGCCCACCAAGAGGCUUCUAGAGCCUCUGCCGCCUCCAGUAGCUGGGCGGAGGCUCUGAGCAAGAGGCUGACGAGGACGAGGACGUUCCAUGCCUGGAGGCAUCACACCAGCGUCAAGAUCCGACGAGUCCAGCUGGCAACCAGCUCACGGGUAGCUCGACACCAUGCUCGCCUCGGAUGCUUCAGCUGGUGGAGGGCAAGCGUAGAGAGCUCUAGAGCUCAGCGGCGCUUGACGCGCUCAUGGUCUGGCCUGCUGGCCCUGAGGGCCUGGCGGGAGCUGCUGGAGAGGAAGCGAGGGCUGCGCGAGCGCUCGAGGCGCGAGCUGGAGCAGCGAAGGAUAAGGAAGAUGCUGGACGUGUGGAGGGAGGAGGUGGUGCUGGAACGUCACGUGCUGGGGCUCGAGCAGGGGCGUGUGGAGCGGAAGGUGCGAAAGCUGCUUACCAGCUGGAAGCUGCUGCUGAUCAUGAGGAGAGCCAAGAGCCUGGUCCUCCACAAGCUCACACGAGACUUGUACGAGAGCAGCGAACCGAGCAAGGUUGACGAGGCACCGAGAGAGGACGUGCAGGAGGCGAUGCGAUCACAGGAGACUGAAGCUGCUGCUGCGAGCAUGGAGGACUUGGACUGA